AUGGCUACAGUCCGGAUCUGUGUUUGCGGGGAUGAGGGGACGGGAAAGUCCAGCCUCAUCACCUCCCUUGUGAAGGGCGUGUUUGUGACAAACAAGAUCCAACCAAUUCUGCCGCAGAUCACCAUCCCUCCUACGAUCGGAACCCCAGAAAAUGUCACAACAACAACGGUGGUCGACACCUCUGCCGUCCCGCAGGAACGGAGCAAUCUGGCGAGAGAGAUCCGGAAAUCAAAUGUGAUUCUGCUUGUAUACUCUGACCACUAUAGUUAUGAGAGGGUGGCUCUUUUCUGGCUGCCGUAUUUCAGGUCCCUCGGUGUCAAUGUGCCGGUCGUGCUUUGUGCCAACAAAUCCGACCUUGCUGCGGAUCACACCGAGACCCAGGUCAUCGAAGAUGAGAUGCUGCCGCUGAUGUCCGAGUUCAAGGAAAUCGAUUCGUGUAUUAGAACCAGCGCCCGCGAACAUCGUAAUGUCAACGAGGCUUUCUUCCUUUGCCAGAAAGCGGUUACACACCCUAUCGCCCCCCUGUUUGAUGCCAAGGAGUCAGUCCUAAAGCCGGCAGCUGUUGCGGCGUUACAGCGCAUUUUCUACCUUAGCGACAAAGAUCGGGAUGACUAUCUGUCAGAUAAGGAAAUCAAAGAUUUCCAGAUGAGGUGUUUUGAAAAAUCAUUGAGUGAGGAGGAUUUGGUUCAUAUCAAAGAAACGAUACAGAAAACGCACCCUGCAUCUGUGACGCCAUCAGGAAUAGAUUGCCGCGGAUUUAUUCAUCUGAAUAAGAUGUAUGCCGAGAAGGGCCGUCACGAAACAGUCUGGAUUAUACUUCGCGCGUUUCAGUACACCGACAGUCUCUCCCUGCAGGAAAGCUAUCUCCAUCCAAGGUUCGAAGUACCACCGUAUGCAUCGGCUGAACUCUCGCCGGAAGGAUAUCGGUUUUUCGUAAAUCUCUUCCUCCUUUCGGAUAAAGACAAUGAUGGUGGGUUGAAUGAUGCCGAGCUAGCAUCUCUGUUCUCCCCAACACCAGGGCUGCCAUCCUCUUGGGCCGACGGCUCGUUCCCAUCGUGCACUGUUCGAAAUGAGGCCGGAGACGUCACUUUGCAAGGAUGGCUGGCACAAUGGAGUAUGACAACCUUUACAUCACCCAAAACGACAUUAGAGUAUUUGGCAUAUCUCGGAUUUGAAUCUUCAGAUCGGAGCAACCCUUCCACGACGGCAGCCCUCAAAGUUACGCGACCCCGGAAGCGGAGAAAACGCCCUGGACGGGUGGGUCGCAAUGUGGUCCUUGGUCACAUAGUUGGGGCUCCAGGAUCUGGAAAAUCUGCUCUUCUCGAUGCGUUUCUGUCUCGCGGGUUCAGCUCUAUGUAUCACCCGACCAUUCAGCCACGAACCGCGGUAAAUACGGUUGAGCUCCCUGGGGGCAAACAGUGUUACCUGAUUAUGGAUGAGCUUGGCGAGCUGGAACCUGCAAUUCUUGAGAACCAAGCGAAGCUAUUGGAUCAGUGUGAUGUGAUUGUAUACACAUAUGAUUCGUCUGACCCUGAUUCAUUUGCAUACAUUCCCAAGCUUAGGGCGAAAUACCCGCACUUGGAGGAGCUCCCGAGUGUGUACAUUGCGCUCAAGGCCGAUCUAGAUCGCACGACCCAACGCGCCGAACAUCAGCCUCACGAGUACACCGCUCUGCUGAACAUGCCCGGUCCCCCACUUCAUGUGAGCGUCACCUGGAGUUCGAUCCAAGAGGUGUUCGUGCACAUUGCCGAAGCGGCCAUGGAACCAAGCACAGCGUUCCCACGAAGUGAGGAAGACGUCGAAGGUCAAUGGAUGUCUUGGGGCAUAGCGCUCGGAGCGGUGGUUUGCGCGGGAGCUGCUGCAGUUAUGAUCUGGCGACGAGUCAGUGGCAGUGGAGCUUGA